UAAGUAAUCUGGAAAAAAAUGUUGUUUCAUUUGUGGAUAUAACCAUGAGAUACAUAGAAGUUUAUGUGACGUUGAGUUGCUUAGUUUGUGCAGUAUUUGCACAGGAUACAAGUACAACAUGUCCUCCAAAUUCGUACUCAGCUUGUGCUCCUUGCUGUGCUGACCCAUCUUGCCAAGAUAGAAACCCAAUUUGUGAUAAAGACAAAGUUUGCAUAGAGAUAUGUAAAUUUGAUUGUAGAUGCAAUCAGGGGUAUAUUAAAGAUACAGUCAGUGGUCUUUGCGUGCGUCCAGGCGAUUGUCCCAGAUGCUAAAGAGAACCAUACUUUUAACGUAAUUUGUAAAAUAAAAAUUAAAAAUUUACUAUAAA